UUGAAUGGAUUAUAUAUUUUACAAAACGUCGUUAGGGUUGCGCCGACGUUGGAUGAGCAGCUCAACUUGAAACACUUCAUUCGAGUAACCUGCAACUCGCUGGACUGCAUUGGAACUGUGAAAAUUGACAACUAUGUUCCCAAUGGACUGCUCUAUACAAGGAGAAAUAAACUAGAAUGCUUAAGAAUGGGUCGAAGUGAAUACUACUUCGUCGAUGUCGCAGUGACUGGAGGCAAACACACAGUGUCCUUCGUUGGAGCUGAUACGCCAUGGGCAGAUAUUAUUUUUGGUGUGACCGUCUACGGCUAUGGAUUGAAUCGGGCUUAUGCCUUUACCCCAGGACUCAGCUAUCAGAGUGAGUGA